GAGCCAGGUGUCUGCGGAGCGCUCCCUGCGCCUCCUGGGUUAAAGUCACGCCCGCGGAUCGCCGGCCUCCUCUGUCGCUCUUCGCCACCGCUUUCCGGUUCCCACUAGCGCUCCUCGCCUUUCCCUCUCGCGGCCCCCACCCCGUCUGUCGUGGUUCGUGCUACUCCCAAUUGCCUGAGACCCUGCGCCAAUUCCAGAGCUGGGUGAUUUCUUCUGACUCGGUGCCUUCCCCAGUUCCGUUUUAUCUGCCUUCCACACUGUCCGUGAAGUUAGAUGGCUUCGACAAGUCACGAUACGUACUAUCAACCCCGUGCCUUGGAGAAGCAUGCUGACAGCAUCCUGGCACUGGCUUCAGUCUUCUGGUCCAUCUCUUAUUACUCCUCUCCCUUCGCCUUCUUCUACUUAUACAGGAAAGGUUACUUGAGCUUGUCCAAAGUGGUGCCAUUUUCUCACUAUGCGGGGACAUUGCUACUACUCUUGGCAGGCGUGGCCUGUCUCCGAGGUAUUGGCCGCUGGACCAACCCCCAGUACCGGCAGUUCAUCACUAUCUUGGAGGCAACACAUAGGAACCAGUCUGCAGAAAACAAGAGGCAGCUCGCCAACUACAACUUUGACUUUAAGAGCUGGCCGGUCGACUUCCACUGGAAAGAGCCCAGCAGCCGGAAGGAGUCUCGAGGGGGCCCUUCUUACCAAGGUGUGGCCCUGCUCCGCCCAGAGCCCCUGCACCGGGGGACAGCAGACACCCUCCUCAACCGGGUCAAGAAGCUGCCUUGUCAGAUCACCAGGUGGGAAGCAACAGGGAAGAGAGGCCAGCUGGGAUGGAGCUACUUGGUGGCACACACCUUGGGGCGCCGGAUGCUGUAUCCCGGCUCAGUGUACCUGCUCCAGAAGGCCCUCAUGCCUGUGCUGCUGCAGGGCCAGGCCCGGCUGGUGGAAGAGUGUAAUGGGCGCCGGGCGAAGCUGCUGGCCUGCGAUGGCAACGAGAUUGACACCAUGUUUGUGGACCGGCGGGAGACAUCAGAGCCCCAGGGACAGAAGCUGGUGAUCUGCUGUGAGGGGAACGCGGGCUUCUAUGAGGUGGGCUGCAUUUCUACGCCUCUGGAAGCUGGAUAUUCAGUCCUGGGCUGGAACCAUCCAGGCUUUGCUGGAAGCACGGGGGUGCCAUUUCCUCAGAAUGAGGCCAAUGCCAUGGAUGUGGUGGUGCAGUUUGCCAUCUACCGCCUGGGCUUCCAGCCCCAGGACAUCAUCAUCUAUGCCUGGUCCAUUGGCGGCUUCACUGCCACGUGGGCAGCCAUGUCCUACCCAGACAUUAGUGCCGUGAUCCUGGAUGCCUCCUUCGAUGACCUGGUGCCCUUGGCCUUGAAGGUCAUGCCAGAUAGCUGGAGGGGCCUGGUGACCAGGACUGUGAGGCAGCAUCUCAAUCUAAACAACGCAGAACAGCUGUGCAGGUACCAGGGCCCUGUGCUGCUGAUCCGAAGAACCAAGGAUGAGAUCAUCACUACCACGGUUCCAGAGGACAUCAUGUCCAACCGAGGCAACGACCUCCUGCUGAAGCUCCUGCAGUAUCGGUAUCCCUGUGUGAUGGCAGAGGAGGGUCUUCGAGUGGUGAGGCAGUGGCUGGAGGCCUCCUCACAGCUGGAGGAAGCAGCCUCGAUUUUCAGCCGUUGGGAGGUGGAGGAGGACUGGUGCCUGUCCGUCCUCCGCUCCUACCAGGCAGAGCGUGGGCCUGACUUUCCCUGGAGUGUGGGGGAAGACAUGAACGCAGAUGGACGACAACAGCUGGCCUUGUUUCUGGCUCAGAAGCAUCUGCACAACUUCGAGGCCACACAUUGCACCCCGCUCCCGGCCCAGAACUUCCAGAUGCCCUGGCACCUCUAGCGACCACACUGGCACUUGUUUUGAAAGAGUGGGAUGGAGGGAGAUGUGAGGAAGGAUCCUCGUAUUUGUGAUUCUCUGUGUUCGUGUUGCUGUUUAUAGUUUGUGGAAAGGUGGGGACUGUCCCCCUUCUCACUGCCCUCUUGCACGUUUCCCCUCAGCCAUCUGGCAGUACCUAACCUUCCCCAAUACACAUCCUGCAUUCAAUGAAUGGAUUAUUCCUAAUAAUUAAUAAAAAGGUAUUUUUUCUA